UGUAGAAGGACAGCGACAGUUGAUAGUGUUUUGUUUGACGGCGUAUGUUUACUAAUAUUAGAAAGUGAUGCGUGAAGUUUUCUCAUGCACUUAAUUGUAAAAGAAGAAGACGAGAACAAUGAAACGCGUGGUACAGGGUCAGGAUAAAAGUGCAAAGAUUAUUAAAGAAGAUCGGGAGGACAGUGAUGGAGAAGAGAUGGAACAUGAGUCCGGAGAGACGGACAAGUCUAGCUCCACCAGCGAGACGAGUGAUGCGGCCACUGACACGGAUGACAGUUCAGAAAUGGAUGAAGAAGAGUGUGAAAGAAGACGAACUGAAUGCAUGGAAAACUUAGUAGAUCUUGAGAGGCAGUUUAGUCUCCUUCGUGAACAGCUGUACCGCGAGCGCGUCACGCAGGUGGACACGAAGCUGUCGGAGGUGCGCAGCGGGCGCGCCCAGGAGUACCUGCAGCCGCUGGAACAGCUGCAGCAGAACAUGCGUGUGCGCACCGAGGUGGCGGGCAUCCUGCGCGAGCUGCGCCUCGCCAACAUCCAGAACAAGUUCGACGCCGAGGAGCUCGCUGCACAGCAAAACCUAGAGAGUGAGAAGUCACUCCUCUGGGACUCGAUCCAGAGUGACUUGGAGGAAAAAAUCCGCCGCCUAGAGGAAGACCGGAACAAUGUCGACAUCACUGCCGACCUGUGGCUCGUGGAGCAGUCGGCUUCAGCGGGUGGACUUACUGGCGGCGGUCGCAGUGGGUCGGGCAGCCGCCGGCACGGUUCGAGCGCCGGUGCCGACUGCGUGGGGGCCGGCGGGUGCAGCAACGGUGCGGGAGGUAGUGGCGGCAGUGGCUCGGGGUCGAGGCGGAAACCUGUGUCCGUGUCGGGUCCGUACGUCGUGUACAUGCUGCGAGACACGGACAUCCUGGAAGACUGGACGGCGAUCAAGAAGGCCCUCUCCGUGUCCAAAAGAAAGUCUGAAUUAUACAUCUGAUGAAAGUGACGCACGUCACUGUGUGUGGGUGUGCCUUACGCUGCCAGCUGCGCCUAUAUUCUCGGCGGUCUGCGCCGGCCGAGUGCUUUGCUCGUUUCUGGCCUCUUGCAAGUUACUGGAGGCUUUACUGACACUGUGCUCGUGCUGGCUGCUCGUACACUGAGGAAGUGUCCUCGGAGAAAUGCGAGAGUACAGUGUGGUUGCAGUUUCUCAAAAUGACAGUGUUCCGGUGCAGCUUUGUGUUCUGUGCUCUGCUCAGUCUUCUUCGCUGCUCUGUCACUCGUCCUCCCAGUGCCCGUGUGGAGAACAGUAUGACAGUUUCUGGACUUUUAUAUUUGUUGCUUGUGACUUGCUGGAAAUGAAAUCCAGUGCUGGGAUGAAAGUACUAUGCUUCCAAUGAGGCUGUUAAGAAUGCAGGCCUGCUGGAAACACAAUCACAGUGGCUGUUGCUAGAAUUUUGUCAAAACAGAGACUAAUGCGAUAGUAUGAAGAACGCAGUUAAUGAAAAGAAUAACGAUUGUAUUGCCGCUUCACUGGAAUAUUCAAACUCCCCCCACUCUUGACGAGGAAUAUUAAAUAAAACUUCUUGUUUUAAUUUCUUCUUGUUGUAAUUUAAGACACAAAUAGUAUAUUGAAACAGUAUUAUAAUUCCUCACAUUAAGAUUUCCUUACACGCCAAAAUAGAAUUGGAUACAGCUCUUUAAAAAUCACAACAAACCCUGUUUUCCUUCCAGCUGUCCCCAUAAGUCAGUAUUCCUUUUUCUUUCUCUUAAUCUUGACCAAUUGAUCUUCUUUUUCUCUGUGUCCAUCCUAGUAAUAUGGGAAACCGCCUAGCACUCUAUACAUUCUCUUCCAGAAGUUAUGUGUCGUCCUUGUAUAGUAAUAGUGCCACAUUACUGAAAACAGCAGGCAUUCCACUGCCCUAGGGCCAGGUCGCUGUUCAGAUCAGAGUUUGCCUUAUUUUGAGCUUAUUGGACAUAGCUGAGAUUGGAACAAUCGCAUUGUAAAAUUGUUACUUCUCAAACAAUGAGAUAAUGAUUAAAAAUUGGGAAGUAUGAAACUCAGACCUGCAAGUCUUUCUUCUUCAUAGAUAACUGACAAUGGGCCUUACAGGUGAGCACUCUUUGAUUUUCUCCAUACCCAUAGAACUUGAAGGUCAGUGCACAGACAUCAAUUCCCUAAAACAGUGUGAUGCCAUUAUCAAAAAUACUCAACAAACUUUGUUUGAAAAUUUGUAGAUUUCAAAUGUUAAUCAACAAAUAUUCAAGACAAUCUUAUUUAUUAUCAAAAUAAAUUUUCAUUUUAAAAACAAAGAUUCCAUGACUUACCAAGCGGGAAAGCGCUGGUAGAUAGGCACAAUAAAAAAAAAAACACACACACACACACACACACACACAGAAUUUCGAGCUUUCGCAACCCACAGUUGCUUCGUCAGGAAAGAGGGAAGGAGAGGGAAAAAUGAAAGGAUGUGGGUCUUAAGGGAGAGUGGGAAAGCGCUGCCUUCAUCUUUCCUUCUCCUUCCCUCUUUCCUGACGAAGCAACCGUGGGUUGCGAAAGCUCGAAAUUUUGUGUGCGUGUUUGUGUGUGUUUUUUAUUGUGCUUAUCUACCAGCGCUUUCCCGCUUGAUAAGUCAUGGAAUCUUUGUUUUUAAUAUAUUUUUCCCAUGUCGAAUGUUUCUUUCUAUUUUAUUUAUAAAUUUUCAUUUUUACAUACUAAUUGCAUGAAAAAAUGAGUAUUCAUAAUAAGUUAAAUAUUUUUAGUAAUAUAUUUUUUUAAUUACUGGACUGAUGAUACGGAACAAUUUAUUGAUCACCAAUUACAUGAUGAAGUUUAUCGUCAUCAAUGUACUUUCCUAGUGGAUUGAUAGAAUACACCAUACAAAUUUUCCAUUGUUCAAAGCUGUGCUGCAGGUCCACUUGUGUCAGUGUGCUGAAAACUUCCAUUGCUUUUGCUUUCCCUGCUUCUACACUUGUCACCGUAAGCACGCAUUUGACCUUCGGAAAUAAAAAAAAUGUCACAGAGGGCCAGGUUGAGCAAAUGCAAUGGGUGGUCUAUUCACAAAGAAUGCUGUCACAGACAAAGGCAGAAUGGGCUGGCGCAUUGACAUCGUGAAACACCCAGGAUUUGCUGUUUCACAAAUUGGAUCCUCGUCUCCUCACUCUUUCCGUUCAUGAAUGGUGGUCAGAACCUCAGUGUAUUUAUUGACUGUGUGGCAUUCGGGGAUCUAAUGGCGGAGGGUGGAGAGGGAGGGGGUGAGGGAAUCACAUCACGACUUUGAAUUUUGAUUUGCUCGUCUUCCCUUAUUUUGAUACAGUGAAACUGGGCCCUUCCACUGCAUGGACUGGCACUGUUUCAGGAUUGUAGGCAAAAAAAACCACAGUUUAUCACAAGAAAUCACUUUGUGUAAAAUUUCUGGAUCAUUAUCAGUGUUGUUUAAAAUGUCACACAAAUUUUCAUUCUCAAUUAAAAAAAAGACUUACACGUUCUAUGUUAAUUCCUUUGAUUUCAAUAAGAGCUCGGACAUUCAGAUUAUGAUUUUCACGGAUCAGUUUACUCAUUUUUUCAACGGUGUCAUAUUUUUUAUGUUGUGCUCUUUUGAUAUUGAAGGUCAUCCUGGAAUGGAUCAUCUUGGGUCAUUUCACUUAGCUCCUUAAAUCUUUUGAACCACUCAAAAUGUGUUUGUGAUAAAAUUCACUUCAAUAUACUUUCUUUAGCAUGACAGAUCUCCUUCCACAGUUUCACUGAGAACUUUUUGACUCAUUUCCCCAUCUGAAUACCUUGCAUUUUCUGAGACACUAGUCACAGGGAUGUCAACGGACAAUUGCUACAGUGAGACUAAGCGACUGUGGAGCUCAUGGUGGGAAAAGCAUCAACCAACAAAAACAACAUUGAGAUCUCCCACUGUUUCCUUGUUGUUUGCUGAUAGCAGCAUCAGUCCAGUUAUUUAACUGUCACACCCCAUAUAUUUGUAUUUUCAUAAUCUCUACAUAUAAAUAAAAUAGUUGUACGAUUUCUAAAUGCUUCCCAUUUUUGUAUCAAAUUUCAAUUCAUUACAAUUUACUUGAUUAACAGUACUACUUAUUUAUAAAUACUGAAAUCAAAUAAAUUCUGCAUCUAGUGGGAAUCAAACCAGCCACCUUGUUAUUACAAGAUUAACACAUUACAAGCGAUUUAAUAACACAAGUUGAAAUGUUUUGUUCUGAAUGGUACUCAGAAAACUUCAAAGUUAAUUAUUUCAAGUGUUUUUGAGAAUUGCACUGUAUUGCUUUAGGAAAUUGAUGUCAUAGCAUUGAGCUUCAUCUUACAAAAAUGAAGAAAAUUGAAGGGGGCCAGUUCAUUUGAUCCCUUUGUGAAUAACCAUCAUUUUCUGAAUGUUUUUGCAUUAAUCAGCCUGAUGACAUGUAAACGGUCAUUGUCUGUGCACGUACUUUUAUUUGCAUUUGCCAGCGUGCCUUGUAAUGCACAUGUUACAUACUUGUACAAGAAUACAGAAUAGCUGUCUGAUAUUAACCUUCAGGAUGUGAAAUUCCAAUCACUACAGAUAAACAAAUAUACAUGAUGUAAAUAAAAUAGAAAGAAACUUCCACAUGGGAAAAAUAUAUUAAAAACAAAGAUUCCAAGACUUACCAAGCGGGAAAGCGCCGGCAGACAGGCACAUGAACAAAACACACAAACACACACACAGAAUUAAUAGCUUUCGCAACCGAUGCUUGCUUCUUCAGGAAGGAGAGGGAAAGACGAAAGGAUGUGGUUUUUAAGGGAGAGGGUAAGGAGUCAUUCCAAUCCCGGGAGCGGAAAGACUUCCCUUAGGGGAAAAAAAGGACAGAUGUACACUCGCACACACACAUAUAUCCAUCCGCACAUACACAGACACAAGCAGACAUAUUUAAAGGCAAAGAGUCAAGAGACUGUCUGCCGGCGCUUUCCCGCUUGGUAAGUCUUGGAAUCUUUGUUUUUAAUAUAAACAAAUAUACAAGUAGAAAAAAAUUAUCUUAUCUUUCAGAAUUGUUAGUUGCUACCUCAUGGUGGAAAGAGAUAUACAUUGGGGAAAGGUAUAAAGGAGGGGAGGGCCAUGUAUCAAGUUUUUUCAGCUUGAUUGAUUAACGGUGUGCAUGUGGGUGUUUUGUCGAGUUGUCAUUUCCAUUUUAUGCGCAAUGUUUCCAUUACUGACCUAGCCGUCGUCUUCAGACGCUGCAAGUUUUUGCUGUUCUGUGUACUCAACAAACUAGUUGGAGUCCCUGCAAAUCCCUUAACAGCAAAACCCACAGCAUCUACAGAAAAUGGCAGGGUCGGUCAUCAAAAUAUUGAGCAUAAAGUGGAAACUACGACUUUGAAGAACAAAGUGCACCAUUUGGGGUAGGUCACUCAGAAUAAAGAUUUAGUGGGCUUCUCCUUUCUAGCCUUCUCCAGCCUAUUCAUUUUUUCUCCUUUGGAAUGGAACUAAUAGUUUAGGAUGUUAGGAUAGUUUUUUUCUAUUUUUGUGUGUGGAACUUUGCGUUCUGUAAAUAAGUACUGCCUAGCCAUAAUGUUACCCUUUUCUCAACUGACUCUUCCUCUUGAUACAUUACAUUGUUUGGCUACGUAUUACUAUCUUCUAAUGUGAUAGUUCACACACAUACCAAUUGUCACAUCAUCACUUGUCCUUUGAGCAUUGAUAAAUGAACACACACUCCAAAAUAGUUACUGAGAUCAGGACUGAAAUUACUUGCAAGUUACAUAAACCCUCUUGUUCUCAUCUCCAACACAAUUUCAGUCUUUUCAGAAUACUUCUGAACAGACUCCGACAUCCCAGAAACCUACCUGGCCUGACUGCCGACAGUAUUAGUUUAUAGUAGGAACUUUUUCUCCACAGAAAAAAACAAAUCAUGUUCAUUACAGAAUAAUAAAAUUGAUCACCUUCCUAAGAGUCAUUGAUAAUUUUCUUUAGUAUUUUGGCAGAUGUUCGCAAUUUGUUUGUUGCAGUGGGUAGAUGGAGUCAGUCCAAACGCAUACUGCUCAUCAUGUCUCAUGAGACAUCCAUUGUCAAUGGAAAACGUCUGUUUAUUUCUCAUUGCAAUUGUUUUUUAUUUCUAUGCAACAUCUUUGGUAGAAUAUAAAUAAUUUAAAGAGUAAAGGUAACAACUUGCCUAACAGUUGAGGCACUUAAAUCAUCAGUUUAAAAGCAAGUUUUCUUCUUUUUUUAAAAAAUUGAAAUUUUAUGUGCCAAUUAAAGGGAAUUGUCCCACAUUAGUAUGAUGUGAUAUUUAUUAUAAUAAUGUGUAUUAAAAGUGGCAGCAAAAGAUCAAGGGUAAGUGAUACUUCAGCCACACAUGUGUAGUGCUGCUACAUGCCAAUAGUUGACAGAUCAGUGCACAAGACAGGACAAGUGGGCAUAUGAAAGCUGAACAUCUGGUGGUUCCAUGAAAAUAUUCUGCAAAUGAUGAUGCAUGGGGUGCGGUGUUAGCAAUGUGCCUACAUACCUUACACUCACUGUCUAUUAUGUGGUCGAGAACAACAGACAGACACUGAAAUAUUGGUUAACAUCUGUUUGCAAAGUCUUUUCUUGCGCGAUAUGCCCCUUGUUGUCUCAAGUGCCUACCCACAUUGUGCUGUCUUCCUCUGACUGCCAUGUAGCAACACUAGCCACUCACUGCUGGAGUUAUGGUAAUGCUGCCUCUGCCAACACAUAUUGUUAAACCAAACAUUGUCCUGUGCUAAUUUAGGACACCUAAAUCAAAUGCACACAUCACAUUCCUUUUCAAAAAACAUUUUGUUUGCAACAAGAAAGACACUGAUAUUGUCCAUCGAGACUUUGUGUUACACAAAGCGUGUUAUGAGCCUUAUUUGUAUGCAGUGACUUCAUCUGCACACUUAAAAUGGCAGUUGCAAAUAUUUGCCAAAAGAUCAGAGACAAUCUAGCAUAUCAACACCAGGGCCACAUAUUAUCCUCCAGUGCAGGUAAUUAAAACUGAAAUGACCACCUUUAUGACUGUCCUGCAGCUCUUAUGUAUCCAUGCAUUGUUCAGACCCAUAUUUUGAGAACUUAAAUUGUCAAAACCAUGAGGUAGACGUGGCCUAUGUGGAAUGUCCACAUCAUUCCGAGUUGAGGGAAGUAUGGUAAUGCAGGGUUCUCAAGUGGUAUACAAAUACUGGAAAAGUACAAGUAGCAACUCACUGAAUAGUUGAGGCACUAAGCCAUUAGUAGCCUCAUUAACAAGACUGAGAGUGUUGUUGCUAGCUUUCAGACAAAUACUUCUUCAAAGCUACAGAGUACACAUACACCUGAAUGGCUACAUCGUCCUGAGCAGGACAAAAUAUGUGUGUGUGUGUGUGUGUGUGUGUUUGUGUGUGUGUGUGUGUGUGUGUGUGUGUGUGUGUGUUUACAUGUACCCUAUAGUUCUGAAGAUAAGGGUGAAUGUAAAUCACAUUAGACAGUCUGAUAUGGUAUUCAUGUGACAAAAAUUAAUGAGCCAUUGUGGUUGUUUAACCCAGGUUGCCUGUUUGUUGUGAUGACUACUCAGUAUUCUAUGUUCAUUUCUGUGUAUAUAGCAUUUUAAUAACAAAAAUCCAUUUGCUGUGUGAGUGCCUUUAGAAUAUUCCCAUGCAUUAAAUUGCGGCAGUUGUGGACGAUAAGGCUCGUGUCAAUCCCAGAUGAAGCAUCUGUCAUGAAUUUAUGAAUCUGAAAGCCACUGACUUAAGAUGAGGCAUGCACUUAAGUUUGUGCAUCCUGUAGAUAUCUCAGCUGGAAAAGGAAGGUUUUUUAGAUAAAUAACUACAAAUUAAUUCAGGUGUGCUGUGCUUGUGAUUUUGUUUAUUUGUAAAAUAAUUUCAGUGAUGUAUAAUAAGGAAAUUUAUUUUAUUUUUGGAAUGCUAAACUAGUAAGUCCUUAUAAUUUUUCUUAAUGAUGUGGUGAUGUUACCGCCAUGUUAGGCAGAGAUUGUUAAAUUGAACAGUGCACUUUUUAAUGCUGCCAGUGGUUUUUUCACUUGAGUGCGUGUUUUCUGUAGGUCGUUAGUGCCUGGCCUGGAUAUCGUUAGCACCUGGAUGGUCAGAUCUGCCAAACUGGUACAGACAACAGCGAGAUAAGUCGGCAGCAGCAUUUGCUGUGAUUGAAUCAUUGUCACAGUUUGAUUGCUCAGUUUGAUAAUUUGUCAUUGCGUAUGAAAAAUGGGGCAGUUCAGGUUUCUUGUGAUCAUAACAAGCAUGUUACUUUUUACUUUGUUUUAUCACACUUGCAGACAACACGCACAGGUGGUACACAACCUGUUAUUUUCUAUUCUGUACAGUUACUAAUAAAUCAUUACAAAAACCA